GGCUGGGUGGGGUCCGGCCGGUGGGCGCAGCCUGUCCUGGGGAGCCGAGCGAGUUGACAGAUGAUCGGGAGGCGCUCCCUGCUCGGCGUCACCUUUUGCACCUGCUACCUGGCUUCUCACCUCACGAACAAGUAUGUCCUGUCGGUCCUGAAAUUCACCUAUCCUACAUUAUUCCAAGGGUGGCAGACACUCAUCGGUGGACUUUUGCUUCAUAUGUCGUGGAAACUGGGUUGUGUGGAGCUCAACAGCAGUUUAAGAUCUAAUGUUUUGGCAUGGCUUCCUGCUUCAGUGCUGUCAGUGGGUAUAAUCUAUGCAGGGUCCAGAGCUUUGUCCAGACUGGCUGUUCCUGUGUUUUUCAUUUUGCAUAAUGUAGCUGAAGUUCUCAUCUGCGGGUACCAGAAGUGUGUCUGGAAAGAGAAAACAUCGCUCACAAAGAUCUGUAGUGCCCUCUUCCUUGUGGCUGCUGCAGGGUGCCUUCCCUUCCAGGACGCACAAUUCGAUGCAGAUGGAUAUUCUUGGGCUGUCGUUCACUUAUUUUGUGUAGGGGCUUACAGAAUACUUCGGAAAUCCCAGAAGCCCAGCGUGUUAAGUGACAUUGACCAGCAGUACUUGAACUAUAUAUUCAGUGUGGCUCUCCUGGCAGUGGCGUCUCAUCCCACAGGUGACCUCUUCAGUGCCGCGGACUUUCCGUUCCUGUCUUUCUACAGAUUCCAUGGCAGCUGCUGUGCCAGCGGAGUUUUAGGAUUCUUUCUCAUGCUCAGCACAGUAAAGCUGAAAAGCAUUCUGGCCCCAGGGCAGUGCGCAGCCUGGAUUUUCUUUGCUAAGCUUCCUGCUUGGUGGACUUGGCGAGGCCCUGCUGGUUUUCUCAGAGCGGAGAAGUUCCUGAUGGAGAUGGUCAAGGAAAGGAAACACUCAUCUGCUGCAGAAGAACACAGCACUCGGGCCUCCCUCUUAAGAAACAUAGAAAGAACUCAGAGAGUGCAACCAAGCUGAACUUGGUGUUUGCUGAUGACUCAAACACCCCACUUUCUCAUUACCGAGGGGAGGAUUUCACAGGGGACUCUGCACCGCUGCAGAGAAAGGACCCAUCUUACAUCUUCUCAUGUAGGACCCAGUUCUGCAGAAUCAGGAGGCAGGGGAUCUCAAUGGGACGGCCGUGUCGUCUGGAUGGACACAGCCUCUGAACACCAGGACUUCCACCAAACACUGUCCUGAAUUUGAGGUUACAGUCCCAUGGAGUCUUAUUGCAUUUUUUUUUUUUUGUGUGGUGUUUUGUGUCUUUCCAUUUUGGAGUCUCUUUCCCCCUUGAUUUUUUCUGGUUUACCUGGAGCCCAUGCCCACCCACAGAAAACAAGGCAUGAAUGCUCCUGAGAGUCAUGUAGGGCAGGGCAGGGUUGGGGGCUGAGUAGCGUUCUGGACCAAGUGAGAUACCAAGAAAGAUCUUUAGACGGUGUUGUGAGUGGAGGGCUUUUGUGGUUGAUGCAGAUUUACUUCUGGUUUCUAAAUUUCUUUUGGUUCUUGUGAAUUUGUCAGAAUGUGGUGAGUUCUGUAGAAUCUGUUAGGUUAGGCUGGUGAUUAAAUCAAUUACCUGAAGCCUUCUGAGUCCUGGGUGGCCCAGGUGGGUCUCCAGUGUCUUACCUGCUCUGUCUUCUGAGGGCUGAGACUGUAAGCAUGCAUUCCUAUGCCUAGGUUUUGUUCCUUAAAGUUUUUUAAAAUGCAAUUCCUUCAUAUCACAGAUGAGAUCUCAAGGCAUUGACCACUGGAUUUUAUCUCUCACACCAGAUUGGAGUCAAGUCCCGCACCUUACUACUGAGGAGAAGCUAUUUUACACAAAAUAGUCGCUUGACUCUGAAUCCACUAAGGCUUAAGAAAAUAAUGCUUCAAUCUAGAUAUUUCUUCUCACUGAUUUUAGAAAUACUUUUUAGAGGAUCAAUAAAAUUGUCAUUUAUUAGUUUUUUACAGUGUUCUCAAACUUUAGUGUACAACAGAAUCAUCCAGAAGAUUCAUUAAAACUUACAUUGCUGACAUUGAUUCCAAGUUUUGGUUCUGACCAGGUUUGGUGGCACACACACCUUUAGUACCAGCUGUUGGGAAGCAGAGGCAGGAGGAUUUCUGUGAAUUUGCAGUCAGUCUUGUCUACACAGAAAAUUCCAGGCCAGCCAAGGCUAUAAAAUGAGACCUUGUUUAAAAUGAAACAAAACCAGAUUUCUGAUUCUGAUCCUGAUUUUUUAAAAAAAAAAUUAUUGUUUUUAUUGAGCUAUAUGUUUUUC